AUGGCAGCUGUUCCCUGUACAUCUAUCUAUCUAUCUAUCUAUCUAUCUAUCUAUCUAUCUAUCUAUCUAUCUAUCUCAUCAGAAUCACAUAUUUUUCUACUUUUUCUAUUCAAUCCACAUUUGACAUUUUUCAUAUUUCUUUCUUUCUUUCUUUCUUUCUUUCUUUCUUUCUUUCUUUCUUUCUUUCUUUCUUGCUUUCAUUUCGUUUCUUUCUUUCUUUCUUGCUUUCUUUCUUUCUUGCUUUCAUUUCGUUUCUUUCUUUCUUUCUUUCUUGCUUUCAUUUCGUUUCUUUCUUUCUUUCUUUCUUUCUUUCUUUCUUGCUUUCAUUUCGUUUCUUUCUUUCUUUCUUGCUUUCUUUCUUGCUUUCAUUUCGUUUCUUUCUUUCUUUCUUGCUUUCUUUCUUGCUUUCAUUUCGUUUCUUUCUUUCUUUCUUUCUUGCUUUCUUUCUUGCUUUCAUUUCGUUUCUUUCUUUCUUUCUUUCUUUCUUGCUUUCAUUUCGUUUCUUUCUUUCUUUCUUUCUUUCUUGCUUUCAUUUCGUUUCUUUCUUUCUUUCUUGCUUUCUUUCUUGCUUUCCUUUCGUUUCUUUCUUUCUUUCUUGCUUUCUUUCUUGCUUUCAUUUCGUUUCUUUCUUUCUUUCUUUCUUGCUUUCAUUUCGUUUCUUUCUUUCUUUCUUUCUUGCUCUCAUUUCGUUUCUUUCUUGCUUUCAUUUCGUUUCUUUCUUUCUUUCUUUCUUUCUUUCUUGCUUUCAUUUCGUUUCUUUCUUUCUUUCUUGCUUUCUUUCUUGCUUUCAUUUCGUUUCUUUCUUUCUUGCUUUCUUUUCGUUUCUUUCUUUUUUAA